AUGGAACUCGAUGCCGCGAAACGGAACGACGACAAGGUCUGCUACAACUGCGGCAAGAAGGGACACUUUGCCCGUAACUGCCGACAGAAAAAGCAAGGGAAAGUACCUGAGCCCACACGACAAGCAAACGUGGCUCAAAAGACCGACCAUGACAGUAAGCACUGGACGACGUGCUAUAACGACGCUUGCCUAGUACACAUCCAAGGCAAGGAGGCCUCGGGAUGGUUCCCAAAAGCCACGGGACAGCCAAGGGUUGUUGCUGUAGGAAAAAGGGGGUCACCCGGAAAGGAACUACUCAGGCCAAAGGAACGGAACGAUACCCCACCAGGAAUGAACAGGAUCAGGUCCGGAGACGACUCAGACGAAGGACCCGAAUUCGCAUGGGACGGAGACACGUACUCGGUAGCCACAGAAGACAACAGUGAGCGAACACGGGCGUGGCUCGAAGAAAAAGAAGACCGGGGGGAAAACCCGUUCACUCCCCUACCGGAAAGCGACGAUGAGAAAUACGGACGAAUGAUGGCCACUCAACAACAACCGGCCCCGAGCGGAGAACAGAUGGUCAUCGCACUCCCAGGAAUAACUCCUCGCCAAGCAGUAGCAGGAGGAAGAAGAGAAGCCGUACGAGAUCAGGAGGAUCCACGACUACAUUACAAGGACGAACGACACAACCAGAUUUCGUGGUCUGCGUGCGUGUUCGAUGAAUGCUCAAGGCAUCUAGCGAAGAAACUGAAGCACCAAUUUAUGCCCAGGCGGUGGAAAGAAUUCCCACUACGUGCAUAUUUGGAAGAAGACCUGGAGUAUUGGGAGAUCUUCCACCAAGACACGGUAAAGGGGUAUGCCGUCCUACGAAUGAGACUCGACUACCCAGUCGACUGUGUACUCGGACGGAGAGCAACGAUUGAUUGCACCACAGUAGUGUGCAAAAUCCACCGACUCAGGAAACUAGAGUCGUGGCAUCGACAGCAGGAAUCGCAAGAAGAAGCCAGGAAAGGGCAAGUGCACCUCCGACACAGUCGGACACAGAAACGAAUGCAAAGGGUGAGGGAGGGUGCCUCUGCCACCCCGACGCCCAGCUUGGACGAAUUAUUGGGGAACGAGCCCGCUCCAGACCCCGAAGUCUUAGAAAAAAGGGCACAAAGAAUCCGGCUUGCGACAGAACGAGCCAAGAAGGAAGCCGACCGAAACCCACGGGUCAGCCUCGACUUAGCCUACAAGCGACAAUACAAAGCGCUAGCACGACAGAUGAGACACCACGACCAAGUGCUCGAAGCCACCAUGCUCGCCUUGGAAGAACAAUCACGCACGGGACAACCGGCACGGUAUACGGAGUACGUGAGGCAACUCCGCGAAGAAGCCACCGGCCAGUCUGUGCCAAAAAACGACGAGUACCGUCGUUAG